CUACAACUCCGUUGUUGCACAUCGUAUCGGUUACCACAGCUUGCCGUUUUAGCGAAGAUUUUGUGCCUCCUGAUGGUGGUGAUGUGCGGGGCGGUGCCGGCGAUGGUGCGCUCCGUGAGUCUCUACUCAACUUGCAGCAGCGGCAAUGUUACCGUAAUAGGCCGCUCGAUCAAAGCAAUGGGACGCGACGAUUACAAUGCACCCUACCAGAAGCUCACCACACAAUCGGAAGAUUUCAGUAGGAAGCUAUACAUCUUUGCGGAGAAGAGCCAACGAUACAUUUGCUUCAAUAAGCGAUGGAAACUCGUCGGCCUGCCGAAAAAACAGAAGGGACCGAUGUGCCAGUUUUACGAGGUGUACAAUGGCUCUUAUCUGAGGUAUAGGAGCGCCGUCGACGGGACGCGGUAUAUCGGGUUCAACAAGUUCGGCAAGCCGAUGAAGAAUCCCCAUGGCAGGCAAGAGUGUUUCAACUUCAUCAAGUACAAUCCUCAUGCCGACAUAAACCAUCACAACAGCCUGGUGAACGCGGAGAUGGGUGGUAUGGAGCCGCGGGAGCCGUACGUCGUCUCGAGGAAACCGUCGCCGGUGAUGAGGGCUACGAAGAACUCCCUAUUGCAGGCCGACAGUGCGAGGGAGCACGUCCACACGUCCACGCAUCGCCAUCGACAUUCGAAUCGUUGGAAGCAUCGGCAGGACGGGGCAGACUCGGGACCUCGGAGACGGCAUGAGAGCCGCCUCCUCGUCGAGGCCAGCAAGUAUUGAGCCACGUGCGAGCUCGCCGAUCAAGACUGCCUCCUCUGUACUCCGUGAGAACCUGAGAUCAGAACUGCCAAAUACGCUGGUGGAUCGCACGGUCGGGAUGUCAGGAGCCCACUUAACGGCGUGGCGCCUCGUGUGUCGCGACUCGAAGCACCACGUAUUCGUUCGAUCGGUCGGCGAAUCAAGAGCGCGGGCGCGGCUCGCUCCGAGCACACACGCCUUAAGCUGCGCCCGUUUAGUUUCCGUUUCCGCCCGCCGGAGCGAAGCAAUGUUCCCGCGGCGAGGACGAGUGUCGUCGUCGAGAUUAGCGUCCAAGAUCGGCGGUGGACACUCGCCGGCGAAGCUAUCUCAAUUUCACGCGGUUAAG